ACGAGGACGGGGUCGGGGCGAGGAGGAGGAGGAGGAGGAGGAGGAGGAGGCCGUGAUCUUCAGGCAUUCAGCGGAGAAGGAACUGGGCCUGGCAGCAAAGAUGGACAAGGAAGAAAAGAAGACGAUUAACGAAGGUCAAGAGGAUGAAAUGGAGAUUUAUGGCUACAAUCUGAGUCGUUGGAAGCUGCUCGUAGUUGCUCUUGGGGUGAUCUGUACUGGUGGCUUCCUCCUCCUCCUCCUUUACUGGAUGCCCGAAUGGCGAGUGAAAGCCACCUGCCUCCGAGUGGCCCUCAGAGACUGCGAAGUGGUGCUGCUAAGGACGACGGAUGAAUUCAGGAUAUGGUUUUGUGCAAAAGUUCGCUUUCUUUCUCUAGAAAACCACUCAUUUUCAAGCCCUAAAACAGGAAUUAAUAAAAUGUCCAAUGGCCACGCGGCUUAUUUCCCUGAGGACCUGCCUGAAGAGGACCAGCGGGACUGGCCCCAUCCCCGAGAGAUCCGCUAUUUCACGCACCACAGCGUGAGGUACUUCUGGAAUGACUCCCUCCAGAAUUUCGAUGUGUUAAAGGGUCUGGAUGAAGGUGUUUCUUGUACUUCCAUUUAUGAAAAGCAUAGCUCUGGGCUGGGGGAGAAAACACAUGCCUACAGAAAACUGAUGUACGGAAUGAAUGAGAUCGCUGUCAAAGUGCCUUCUGUCCUUAAACUUCUGGUUAAGGAGGUCCUCAACCCCUUCUACGUGUUCCAGCUGUUCAGCGUGGUCCUGUGGAGCACCGACGAGUACUACUACUACGCCCUGGCCAUCGUCGUCAUGUCCGUGAUCUCCAUCGUGAGCUCCUUGUACACCAUCAGGAAGCAAUACAUCAUGCUCCACGACAUGGUGGCCGCCCACAGCACGGUGAGGGUUUCUGUCUGCAGACCUGGCAGAGAAACAGAAGAGAUCUUUUCCACAGACCUCGUCCCCGGAGAUAUCAUGGUCAUCCCCCUGAACGGGACGGUCAUGCCGUGCGACGCCGUCCUCAUCAGUGGCACCUGCAUUGUGAACGAGAGCAUGCUGACAGGUGAAAGCGUCCCUGUAACGAAGACCAAUUUGCCAAACCCUUCCAUGGACGUGAAAGGAAAGGAAGACGAGAUGUACAGCCCAGAAGUCCACAAGCGGCACACCUUGUUUUGUGGCACCACCGUCAUCCAGACACGCUUCUACACGGGCGAACUCGUGAAGGCCGUCGUGGUCAGGACAGGCUUCAGUACUUCCAAGGGACAGCUCGUGCGCUCCAUACUGUAUCCCAAGCCGACGGACUUUAAACUCUACCGAGACGCCUACAUGUUUCUCCUCUGUCUCGUGGUGGUGGCUGGCAUUGGCUUCGUCUACACCAUCAUCAAUAGCAUCCUGAACAAGGUCCCGGCUGGCGUCAUCGUCAUCGAGUCUCUGGAUAUCAUCACCAUCACGGUGCCUCCCGCACUCCCGGCUGCCAUGACUGCCGGCAUCGUGUACGCGCAGAGGAGACUGAAGAGAAUCGGCAUCUUCUGCAUCAGCCCCCAGAGGAUAAACAUCUGCGGUCAGCUCAAUCUGGUUUGUUUCGACAAGACCGGGACUCUUACUGAAGAUGGUUUGGACCUUUGGGGUAUCCAGAGAGUGGAAAAUGCACAUUUCCAGGUGCCUGAGGAGAAAGCUUGCAGCGAGAGCCUGGUCAAAUCUCAUUUUGUCACCUGUAUGGCCACUUGCCAUUCACUUACAAAAAUUGAAGGGGUGCUUUCUGGGGAUCCGCUUGACUUAAAGAUGUUUGAAGCAAUUGGCUGGAUUCUUGAAGAAGCCACUGAGGAAGAGACGGCCCUUCACAACCGAAUAAUGCCCACCGUCGUUCGUCCUCCCAAACAGCUUCUCCCCGAGCCUGAGCCUGCUGUGAGCCAGUCAAUGGAGCUUUUCGAGCUUUCUGCCAACUAUGAGAUAGGAAUCGUUCGGCAGUUUCCAUUUUCCUCUGCCUUGCAACGAAUGAGCGUGGUGGCCCGAAUCCUGGGGGACAAAAAGAUGGACGCGUACAUGAAAGGGGCCCCAGAAGUCAUCGCCGGCCUUUGUAAGCCGGAGACAGUCCCCAGCGACUUCGAAAAAGUCUUGGAAGAUUACACCAGACAGGGCUUCCGGGUGAUCGCGCUCGCACACAGAAAGCUGGAAUCCAAGCUGACCUGGCACAAAAUCCAGAGCAUCAAUAGAGAUGCCAUCGAAAGCAACAUGAAUUUUAUGGGAUUAAUUAUAAUGCAGAACAAACUCAAACAAGAAACCCCUGCCGUACUUGAAGAUUUGCGUAAAGCCAACAUUCGUACCGUCAUGGUCACAGGAGACAAUAUGUUAACCGCCAUCUCCGUGGCCAGAGACUGUGGAAUGAUUCUACCUCAGGACAAAGUGAUUAUUGCGGACGGACUACCUCCCAAGGACGGACAGGUGGCCAGAAUCAAUUGGCAUUACGCAGACACCCUCGUGACGAGAUACACAAAUUCUCCAGAGAUCGACUCCGAGGAAAUGCCGAUCAAGUUGGCCCACGACAGCUUCGAGGACCUCCAGGUGGCCCCGUAUCACUUUGCCAUGAAUGGAAAGUCAUUUUCUGUGAUCCUGGAGCACUUUCAGGACCUCGUGCCCAAGCUGGUGUUGCACGGCACCGUGUUUGCUCGCAUGGCCCCCGAUCAGAAGACCCAGCUGGUGGAGGCGCUCCAGAAUGUGGACUACUACGUGGGGAUGUGCGGGGACGGCGCUAACGAUUGUGGGGCCUUGAAGAGGGCCCAUGGAGGCAUCUCCCUGUCUGAGCUCGAGGCUUCCGUGGCGUCCCCCUUCACCUCCAGGACCCCCAGUAUUGCCUGUGUGCCAAACCUCAUAAGGGAAGGCCGGGCGGCUCUCAUCACGUCCUUCUGUGUGUUUAAGUUCAUGGCCUUGUACAGCAUCAUCCAGUACUGCAGCGUCACCCUGCUCUACUCGAUCCUGAGUAAUUUGGGAGACCUGCAGUUCCUCUUCAUUGAUCUGGCCAUCAUCCUGGUCGUGGUGUUUACAAUGAGCUUAAAUCCUGCCUGGAAGGAGCUCGUCGCCCAGAGACCCCCGUCAGGCCUCAUCUCCGGGGCUCUGCUCUUCUCCGUUCUGUCCCAGAUCAUCAUUUCCAUCAGCUUCCAGUGUUUCGGCUUUUUUUGGGUUCGACAGCAGUGGUGGUAUGAAAUCUGGACGCCCCAUUCCAACGCCUGCAACCUGUCCAGAAGCUUCUCCUCCAACUCCUCCCCCUCCGGCAACGAGACGGAGCCCGACGUGCACAACAUCAAGAACUACGAGAACACCACCGUGUUUUUUAUCUCCAGCUUUCAGUACCUCAUCGUGGCCAUCGCCUUCUCCAAAGGAAAGCCCUUUCGGCAGCCCUGCUACAAGAACUGGUUCUUCGUCGUGUCCGUGAUGGCCCUCUACGUCUUCAUGCUCUUCAUCAUGCUCUAUCCUGUCGCCUACAUUGACCAGGUCCUCGAGAUCGUGUGUGUGCCCUAUCAGUGGCGGAUCUCGCUGCUCGUCAUCAUUCUCGUCAAUGCGCUCGUCUCGCUCUUGGCAGAGAGCUUCCUCCUGGACACGGUCCUCUGGAAGGUUGUGUUCAAUCGAGACAAGCCGGGAGACGGUCGCCUCGCCGCCGCACGGCCGCCACAGGAGUCGGUGGAUCGCUGGGGAAAGUGCUGCUUGUCGUCCGUGCUGAACUGCCACAAGAAGCUGCCUAAGGCCAAGUACAUGCAUCUGGCCCAGGAGCUGCUGGUUGACCCCGAGUGGCCCCCGAAGCCCAGCACGACCACUGAAGCGAAGGCCCUGGCUAAGGAGAAUGGCUCGUGCCAGGUCAUCACCAUCACGUAACAGUGCCCGGGGCGGGCAGCGGGUGGAGGCGAGGCGGCGCCCGUGCAGAAGCUGCUCGGCCCAUCUCCGAGGCCUGAAUUCUCCACCGGGGACGUCGAGCCAGGCCGGUCGGGAGUGUGUCGGGGGUUCGCUUGGGCCUCAUUGUCCCGCCGCGUCCACGCGUGUGUGCCAGAGGCUCCUGCCCUCCCUGCUUCCGCCGGCCCGCAGCCCCCGCCUGCCGCCCCACCGGAGCCGCCGCUUCCUCCCGCACUCCAUCCUUCCCUCCGGCCCGUGGAGCCGCCGCGGUCAGCGGGCUCCUCGGCUGGCGUCCUUCCUCCUACCUGUUUUUUAAAGAGAGGAGACGGGGAGGACGUGAGAAAACGAGUCCUCGUUGGUUUAUUUUUAUCGGGUCUCAGGCGGCCCCAAGAGCACCUUGGGGGGGGUGUGAAGGGCUGGCUCCGGGAGGCCGAGGGAGAGCCGCUUCAUGCCACUCCCUAUGCACAAAGAACCCUUUGGGUCCCCUCUUCUGGCUGGAGUGUGCCGAGACCCCCGUCAGCCACGAGCCGGGCGUGGGCUCCCCUCUCCUCCUCAGGACGGCAGAGCCACUUCUCAGGGUGUCGGGGCCCCCCCUUCCCGGGGCCCCCGUCCCUGCCGUCGGUGAGGCUCUCCAUAGAAAAGGAUAACGGAAUAGGAAUGGCCUGUAAUUCUUUUUUUAAGGCUCCUCAAAGUGUGGGGCGACUCUCCGAAGCUAUCUAUGCAUCUCCGACCUCUCGAGCUGUGAUCUAGCACUGUCUUUGCAUUUCACCUUUCCUUUCCCACUUCAGGCCCCCUCCCCCCCCCCCAGGCGGAGGAGGGCUCCCCAGCAGCUUCCAGGUUCUAAUCAUCUAAUCACACUCACUCUUGGAAAGUAGCGGGAGGGCGGGGGCUGGGAGGAGGGUCUGCCACGGGGGUCGCCGUCACCUAGAGAUUUUGAUUCUGACUUUCACAUUAAAUUAUUUGAGUGUAUACAUGCUUACAAUGGAAAUCUGUACAUGUCUUAUUUUGAUGUAAUAAGAUUUUAUAAAUAUUGUGGAUUUAAAUUUUAUUUAUGCAGAUACUUAAGGGACCGGGAUGUCCGAGAGAGUAAUUGUUAAAUAAUGAUAUGUAACUUUUUUACUUUUUUAAUAAAUAACCAGAUUUUUAAAGUGUGUCCCUCAGGGUUGUUGAAAGGUUCCUUCUCCCUCUUCCCUUCCCGGAUGACAAACGAUAACCGUGUUUUCUCUCUUCCAGUACUGUCUGCUGUGAAAACUAUGCUGCAAAUAAUGUUUGAGUCCAAGCGGCCGAGCCACCCGCCAAGGGGAACGUUCCGGCUCUGUCCCCGUCCGUUCUCCUUGGCUCCCUCUCGCCCUCGGCCCUUCCUAGGCGCCGUGUCCAGGCAGGAUUAGAAUUCCGACUCGGGAAAGCUUUCUAGGGUUUGUGCAUGUGCCGCCGCCAGCGUAACCCAGACUUUGUGUCGGGGGGGGGGGGGAGGGUUGAACCCUUUUUAAACUUCUGGAUGUUAAUUUUGUACAGUUUAUGGGCAUUUACAGCUAUUUUUAAUGGACUCGACUUUGAUAAUUAUGUGCACCUGAAAUGAAUAGAAUAAAGUGAUUUGCUGUUAGAUUACAGAAUCGAUUCCCCGAGAACUUGGCUGAAAUGAGAAUGCCGGUUUCUGUGAGAGACGCCACAGCGCAUCUUUAUAUUGAGAAUAUGUAUUGCUGCUGCUCGAGAAUGGUACCCUGUUGUCAAAGGCACACGCACACACACGCGCGCACACAAUUGUAAAUUCAACCCUGUAAAUAGCCUGCUGAAAUCUUUUGAUUAAAGCUAUUCAAAAUUAAAAACGGAAGUGAAUAAAAUAUAUUUUCUUUUUUUUUUU